AUGUACUUUGCAGGCUUGAUAUUUGAUUUAAUGGAUGCCAAGGCUCGUGCUGACUGCAUCAAAGAAAUAGAUCUCCUUAAACAACUGAACCAUCCAAAUGUAAUUAAAUAUUAUGCUUCUUUCAUUGAAGACAAUGAACUAAACAUAGUUCUGGAGUUAGCAGAUGCUGGCGAUCUCUCUAGAAUGAUAAAGCAUUUUAAGAAACAAAAAAGAUUGAUUCCUGAAAGGACAGUUUGGAAGUACUUUGUUCAACUCUGCAGUGCAUUGGAACAUAUGCAUUCCCGGCGAGUUAUGCAUAGAGAUAUAAAACCAGCUAAUGUAUUCAUUACAGCCACAGGAGUAGUAAAACUUGGAGAUCUUGGACUGGGCCGAUUUUUCAGCUCUAAAACCACAGCUGCACAUUCUUUAGUGGGUACACCUUACUACAUGUCUCCAGAAAGGAUACAUGAAAAUGGAUACAACUUCAAAUCUGACAUCUGGUCUCUUGGCUGUCUGCUCUAUGAGAUGGCUGCAUUGCAGAGUCCCUUCUAUGGAGACAAAAUGAAUUUGUAUUCUCUAUGUAAGAAGAUAGAACAGUGUGACUACCCACCUCUUCCUUCAGAUCACUAUUCAGAGGAACUACGACAAUUAGUAAAUAUGUGCAUCAAUCCAGAUCCAGAGAAGCGACCAGAUAUAACCUAUGUUUAUGAUGUAGCUAAACGGAUGCAUGCAUGUACUGCAAGCAGCUAAGCACAUGACAGAUCAUGAAGAAUAGAACCAGAAAAUGUUCAAGUAUUUUUGUGCAGAUCAUACCUCCCUUCUGUUGUCUAUGUGCUAAGUAUAGUUUUUCAGAGCUGACUGAUGUGCUUUGAAUCCUUAACCAGUUUUCAUAUCAGCUUCAUUUUGUACCAAUUCAAAUUUCCCUUGCCUAUACAAAAAUCAUUUUGGGAAUAAGGAGAUUUUUAUGUUAGAAAUUGGAAAGCAAUAGAACUUUACAAUUUGGAAUGGUUAAAUCUUUUUAAAAGUUUUGAUUUUUCUUGCUGAUAAAAUUGUGUUCAAAUACAUAUCAAGUGCCAAAAUACUGAUGGUGGAGUUUGGCACAUGUCAUAUUAGACUUAUUACUUGAGGCAAAAAUUUCUAAGCAUGUAUUUCAUCUAUUGUUUCAUCAUUCAUGGAAAAGCACGAUUGUGAACUUUUAAAUAAUUGCAAAUUUUUAAAAGUUGGAGGUGCAUUUAGUUUUUAAUGUAUUGCAGUUUUAAAAAUAACUUCUCUGAGUGUAGACAAAACUAAACAUUUGUAAUUUCUCAGCUUAUGUAUUAAAAUAUAGCUUUAAAGUGUGAAAGGUUUUUGGGAAAAUGUGUUGGACACUGAUGAGUUUAUGUAUAUUUUAUCUUUUCCUUUCGUUAAAUGGUAUAAAUGAAUCCAUAAAAAAUGGUUAAGGAUUUGUUUGGCUGGUGUGAUAUUCAUUUUAAAAUUUGCACGUUGCCUAAGGCUUUCUGUGUGUUUUUAUUGUUGUUUGUACAUUUUAAAACAUUUUUCUUUGAAUGACUUUGCAGUACUAUAUUUGAAUUCCUUUAUCAAUUUAAAUACAUUUAAUCUAUAAACUCAGUGACAAGUUAUAACUGUGCACUAUAAUGUAAGCAUAUGUUUUUAUUCCUAUAUUUCCUGAUGUGUAAGAUCUAUCCCUUUCAGAAAUAUUUUUAUAUUCUGCAACAGUUGCUUUCUUAUUUAUAUUUUUAAAAAGUUCAUUUUAUUCAUAAAUGUCUCAAUUGUGCAGAGUACAUGCUGAUGAUACCCUUUUUAAGUACAUUCAGUUUACCAGUAAUUUUCUUGAAUUGAAUAGCAAGUUCAGUAUAUAUUCUUUGAUUUUAUAAGAGUUUGGUCACUGUAUAUGCAUAGAUGAUUAUUUUCUUUUGAUGGAGAGGAAGAAAGGACAUGUUUUGUAAUGCACCUGUGGAUGUUGAUACAAACAGCUUCAAUUAUUUGAAUAUCGAGAUAAUGUUUUAGCAUAUAUUUAAAGCUAUAAAAGUAGGUCAUUACUUCAGCCCAAAUUUUUAUGAGAUCAUCAUUUUUGUUCAGAAGAUUCAAGAGAAGUCCAGUGUUCUGUCCUUCAUAUAUGAAUAUAACACAAUUUAAAGCUUCUUUUAGGUUAAAAAAAAUCCAGAGUAUAAAACCCCUGUAGUUUAAUACUGUUUUUGGUAUGUCUUUGAUCUAAUGUGUGUUUGACAGUUGUACCCAGUGCCUUGAAUAGAAAUUUUGAGCCAAAAGAGAAUGCUAAGUUUAAUAAUUACAGAGACACAGUGCUACUGUAAAACAUUGGAGUAGGUUGUAUUGUUAACACAGAAGCUUCCCGUGCAGUGAAGAUCUACACUAGAGGACAAUCUUACCCAUCAUUUUUAAUAUGCUUUGCCAUACAAGUAUGUGAAAAUCUGUAGCUUGAAUAUACAGACAGGUUUUCAAUCAAUUUUUAAACUUCAAAAUUCAUAAAGUAUUCAUGAUAUAAAAUGAUUUUAUCUUUCUAAAAAUUAGUCUGACAUUUGGGGGUUCUGAUAUAUUAAUUUUAAUGUGAAAAAACUAUUUGUCCUUUACCCUGAAACUAAAUGUAAUUUAUUUCUUUUGCCCUGACUACACUUUUAAGCAUCCAUAGAAAUUUAUCUGCAGAAUUAUGAACUGAAUCAUUUUAGUUGACCAUUGAUGUCAUAUUCAUUUUAAUGUUGCAGUAAAAGUGAUUGAGAUGAAGGAUGCGCUUCCUUUCCUGCAGUCUUUUAAAAACACAUGGGCCUAAAAUUCAUUAGCUUGACUAUCUACUGUGCCUUGUUCAGAAAUAUUUGGCCACUAGAAUAUGCUGUUUGUCUAUGUGAUAGAUAUGUGUGUGUGUGUCUCUCUCUCUUUCGCGCGCACAGACACACGCACACACAUACACACACAUAUACACGCUAGAAGACCAUAUGGGGGAAGAAAAUAAUGCUUGAGGAAGACCCUCACCACACUUUUGUUGAAGCUGUGUUUCAUAGAUUGUAUCAUUAUUUUAACUUUAAAUGUGCAUAUUAUUUUUCUGAAGAAACCACUGUGUUAAAAGUCUAAUUUUAAUUUUUAAAGGGAUCAUUUCAAAGAAAUUAUGAAGAUAGAUGAUUAUGCAUUGGUUGACUUUCUAAACACACCUACAAACUGUUCUCUUUAUUUCAGUUCAUGAUUAAACUGUCAUAUUGACUAAACUAAGCCAUUAAAUUGAUUUCAGAAGCAAUAAAAUGAAAGGUACAUCUGAUUCUAACACUUAGAUGUGGUAAUAGUUACCCAGAGAAUAAAAAAUUUGGUGUAACUUUUUUCACAUACAAACGUUUAUAAAGGGUGAAUGAAGCAUGCCCCUAUUUAAAUAAAGUGCUUAAUAGAAUGUAAUGAUUGUCAAUUUAGUAAAAAUUAUUAAAAGCCAUUUCAUGAAUGCCUUACAUUCUAAAUAUUAUCUAUUACAAAACACCUUUCUAGUACCCAUAUACUGUAGGUGUUGCUGUUAACAUUUACCAUGAUAUUUAUUUUAACCAAAAUGUUAUUUGCAUUAAGUGUUUAUUCUUUAAAAUGAAUGUAUUAUGUUUAUAACCUUCAAAUGUAUAAUUAUUCUUUGCCUCAUUUCAGUAGUACUGUAACAUUGACUUCUUGUGAAAUACUUUUAUUUUGUUAAUGCUUUAAAUACACAUGCUAAAAUGAUUCUUAGUGGCUUGAAAAAUAUACAAUAUUCUAAUAUAAAUAAACUACAAAAAAUUAAGAGUAA